AUGCAGCUCAUUACCCUCCUUUCGGCGGCCUCGGCCAUGGUCGCGACCACUUCCGCCACCUCCCUUAGAAGCGCUAUCGCUUUGACCAAGGACUGCGAUACCAGCAAGCCCUACGCGCGCGUUAUCAACCGUUGCGACUACGACGUGCAUCUUUGGUCCGUCUACAAAGGCGAUGGCUGCCCCGAAGAUGGCAUGGUCACGCUAAAGACCGGCGAGACCUAUUCGGAGAACUAUCCGGACCCUGAGCACGGUGACGGCAAGACGGGUGUCUCUAUCAAGAUCUCCAAGACCAAACAGUGCAAAGGAGUCGACAUCACUCAGUUGGAGUACUUCCGCAAGAUGGAUGGCCCAGUGGACUUCCGAUACAACUACCUCGAUGUCUCCUACGUCGACUGCCUUGAUGGUGACUGCCCGGCAAGGAACGACGGAUACUACCUCAAAGCCGGUACCCAGAGUGAUGUGAAUAUCGCAUCUGCUGCCAACACCUUCUGCCCAAUCUUGGCCUGCCACGAUAAAGCUUCUUGCGACAAGGUCUCUUACGUCCUUCCCGACGACGUUCAGACCAAGUCCUGCUACAACGACCAAAACAUGGACUUCUACAUGUGCGGUGGCGAGGCGCCUUCCGGAGACUACGGAUCUUCUCCCAGCGAGUCUGAGUCUUCUGCUGAACCUUCCACAAGCUCCAGCAAGCAGGCCGAGUACUCCGCUGUCAAGCCUACUUCCACCGCUGCUUCCUACGAAGACUCGUACACUGCCGAUAUCGAAGUGGCUGCUGCCGCAGUCACCCCUGCGCCCGAGAAGCAGGACGACAAGCCCUACCACAAGCUUACCAAGACUGUCUACGUCACCGCGGUCGAGUAUGUCAACGCAAAGAGGCACGCUCAUGACCAUGCCCGCCGCCACCAGCCUUUCCACGCAUAA